UAAAGAAGUUCUUCAUCUUUAUUUAAAUAGGAAACUAUAUAAUUUAUUAAGGUCUUUAUUUUAAAAUAUUCUUUUUAUUUUUCUUAACUCAUCAUAUUAGUUUAAAUUAUAUUUUAUUCAUCGUAUUCUUCAUCGUCAUAAUCUAAUAAAAAUUCGCUAGCGUUAGACUUACUGAAAUUUAUUUAUGUCGUUUAUAUAGUUUUAGGAGUUUCAUAUUAUAAUUCAUCUUCUUUUUCUUAUGAAUUUAUUAAUGAGUUUUGGAGAGAGUAGCUGUUUAUUAUUAAUUGUUAUUAAGUUAAUUACGGGUGAGAAAAUUAUAGAUUUUCUUGAGGAGUUUAGGGAGUUAAAGGAAAUUAAAUUUAAGGUUAUAUAGACUUGGAUUUAGGAGAAAUUAUUUGGCAAAUAGAUAAUUCGGAUUUGUUUAUUUAAGUAGAUGGAGGACAAGUAGAAGUAUUCAUUAUUUUAUUUAUUU